AAACGGAACCAAGUAACCCCAAAAAUUAAACCAAAUAAACCGUCUCAUAUUUUUAAACACAAAAAAGAAGGCUCUUCCAAUUCCAAGAGAAACUUGCAAACGUCUUCAUCGUACUCCCCAACCACCUCCUUUAAAACCCAACCCUCCACAGACACAAUUAACAUCACCCAUUUAUCGUGUUUCCAUUUCAAUAACUGAAAUUUUUCCCAACAAAAAAUCACACUGUUCAGUAUUCAGUAUUCACACUACCUGUAACGCGAUGCAAGCUGUCUCGGUUAUACCAUUUCCGAAUUUAUCGGCAAAAUUUGAAAACGAUUUCGCGGCCAAGCUCAGAAUCUACGACGACGAGAAACCUAAAACCGAAGUGUUAGAACAAGAACAAGAACAAGUAAACGAAGAACAAGAGCAAGAGGAAGAGCAAGAGGAAGAGGAAGAGUUCAGCUUCGUGUUUUCGAAUCCCGAGGUUUCGCCGGUUUCCGCUGAUGAUGUAUUCGAUAACGGCCAGAUCCGGCCGGUGUACCCGAUUUUCGAUCAGAAUCUUCUCUUUUCAGACGAGUACGCCGGCGGAGCGUCGUCAUCGGCGGUUUCGACGGCUGCAGCAACGGAGGGACCGUACUGCGAGUGGUCGCCGAAGAUGGCGGGGAAGAGCAAUUCGACAGGGUUCUCGAAGCUGUGGAAGCUGAGGGACCAUAAGCUUCGGAGCAACAGCGACGGCAAGGACGCAUUCGUGUUCUUGAGUCCGCCGUCGACGGCGAAGACGGAGAAGGCGGGAUCAGGAAACGGCGCCGUUAAGAAGGCAGUUAAAGUGACGAAGGGUAAAACGACGACGACGUCGUCGUCGUCUAGUAGUUCUUCGGCGCACGAGAAGCAUUACGUUAUGAACAGAGCGAGGAAAGAGAGUGGUAAACGGCGGUCUUACUUGCCGUAUAGGCAAGAACUCUUUGGGUUCUUCUCUAGUACCACCGCACUCAGUAGAAAUGUUCAUCCUUAUUAGGGAUUAGAAAUUCCUCAAUUUUUCAAUAGACUUGGUUUUAUUAUGUCUGUGUAAAAUGCUCACUAAUCUUCCUUCGGGAUUUUUUUUUGUUCUUUCCUUCUUUGGGAUUAUGAUGUAAAUUCAUCUAUAUCUUAGUGGCGAACGCAAAUAUUUCAUUUA